AUGGAGUCUCAUGUGGAUGUGUCUUCUCUUGCUACUGUUUGUAAAAAAGUUUGUCGAACUUGGGAUUGGACGUCCAAUGGCAGCCAAAGUCCUAAGGGUACACGCAUUAUUAUUGGUUGGAAUCGGGAUAUUAUUGAUUUGAUGGUCAUUGCUCAGACUAGUCAGGUUAUUCAUGUCCAGAUUAAUUUUAAAGUUGAUAAUAAGGCUCUGUUUUGUUCUUUUGUUUAUGCAAAUAAUUAUUAUAGGGAUAGAAGAGAGUUGUGGGAUGAUUUGUGUACUCAUAAGAGAUUUGUUAAUGGUAAGCCGUGGGUAAUUAUGGGGGAUUUUAAUUCGUCUCUUAAUAUUGAAGAUAAUUAUACUGGAUCUUCCAAUAUUACUACGGGUAUGCGUGAUUUCAAAGCUUGUGUGGAAGAGAUUGAAGUGUUUGAUAUAAAUAGCUCGGGGCUCCACUAUACCUGGAAUCAAAAACCGAAGAGAGGGAAUGGGGUUUUUAAGAAGAUUGAUCGAGUUAUGGGGAAUAUAAGCUUUACGGAUUCAUUUCCUUCUUCUUGUGCUCUUUUUCAGCCUUAUAGGGUUUCGGAUCAUACUCCGUGUAUAUUAAAACUUCCUUCUGUUGCUAGAGAUCGUCCUAAGCCAUUUAAAUUUGCAAAUUUUCUGGUUCGUAAGGAGGUUUUUUGGAAGCUGUCAAAGAAGGUUGGGUUGCUACUUAAACAUGGGAAUUUGCACAAGAAGGUGGAGCUGCUUAGGAGUGAAAUUGAUGAUGUUCAAAAGCUUCUAGAUCGUGACCCUUCUGAUGAGGAUUUACGGUCCAAGGAAGCUGGUCUAUUGAAGGAAUUUCGAGCAGCAACUCUUGAUGAGGAAGAGUUCUUAUAG